GCAAAUUUGCAGAAUUAGGGUGUUAAAAACACACUUAAGAGCAUAACUUGAAAAACACUUCAGCUCGGGUUCACUUCCCAUUUGGAGAUUAUCGAAACCAGGAUAUGGCUCCUUCUGCCGGAGAAGAUAAACACAGUUCUGCGAAGAGAGUCGCAGUCAUUGGUGCCGGCGUCAGUGGGCUUGCUGCAGCAUACAAGUUGAAAAUCCAUGGCUUGAAUGUGACAGUAUUCGAAGCAGAAGGGAGAGCUGGAGGGAAGUUACGAAGUGUGAGCCAAGAUGGCCUGAUAUGGGAUGAAGGGGCAAAUACUAUGACUGAAAGUGAAGGUGAUGUUACAUUUUUGAUUGAUUCUCUUGGACUCCGAGAAAAGCAACAAUUUCCACUUUCACAGAACAAGCGCUACAUUGCCAGAAAUGGUUCUCCUGUACUGUUACCUUCAAAUCCAAUUGACCUGUUCAAAAGCAAUUUUCUUUCCACUGGAUCAAAGCUUCAGCUGCUUUUGGAGCCACUUUUAUGGAAGAAUAAAAACCUCUCGAAGGUGUCUGACUCACAUGAAAGUGUCAGUGGAUUCUUCCAGCGUCAUUUUGGAAAGGAGGUUGUUGACUAUCUGAUUGACCCUUUUGUUGCUGGAACGUGUGGUGGUGAUCCUGACUCGCUUUCAAUGCACCAUUCAUUUCCAGAGUUGUGGAAUUUAGAGAAAAGGUUUGGCUCAGUCAUAGUUGGGGCAAUUCGAUCUAAGUUAUCACCUAAAAAGGAAAAGAAGCAAGGACCACCGAAGACUUCAGCAAAUAAGAAGCGCCAGGGGGGAUCUUUUUCCUUCUUGGGCGGGAUGCAAACACUUACUGAUGCAAUAUGCAAAGAUCUCAGAGAAGAUGAACUUAGGCUAAACUCUAGAGUUCUGGAAUUAUCUUGUAGCUGUAAUGAGGACUCUGCGAUAGAUAGCUGGUCAAUUAUUUCUGCCUCACCACACAAAAGGCAAUCAGAAGAAGAAUCAUUUGAUGCUGUAAUUAUGACGGCCCCACUCUGUGAUGUUAAGGGUAUGAAGAUUGCUAAGAGAGGAAAUCCUUUUCUACUCAACUUCAUUCCUGAGGUUGAUUAUGUACCGCUAUCUGUUGUUAUAACCACAUUUAAGAGGGAAAAUGUAAAGCAUCCCCUUGAGGGUUUUGGAGUUCUUGUACCUUCCAAGGAGCAACAACAUGGUCUCAAGACACUAGGCACCCUCUUCUCUUCUAUGAUGUUUCCAGAUCGGGCACCCAACAAUGUUUAUCUCUAUACUACUUUUGUUGGUGGAAGCCGAAAUAGAGAACUCGCAAAAGCCUCAAGGACUGAGCUGAAAGAGAUAGUAACUUCUGACCUUAAGCAGUUGUUGGGAGCUGAAGGAGAGCCAACAUAUGUGAAUCAUCUAUACUGGAGUAAAGCAUUUCCAUUGUAUGGGCAUAACUAUGAUUCAGUCCUACAUGCAAUUGACAAAAUGGAGAAAAACCUUCCUGGUUUAUUCUAUGCAGGUAACCACAAGGGGGGAUUGUCAGUUGGCAAAGCAUUAUCUUCGGGAUGCAACGCAGCGGAUCUUGUUAUAUCAUAUCUUGAAUCCGUGUCAGCUGACUCCAAAAACCAGUGCUGAAAUAUAUUUUCUCAUGCAGCUUGCUAGGUUGUUAAAAUCGUUUAACUUUAUCGCGAGAUGCAACUUUGACAUGUAGCGGGUGACAAAGCUCAAGCAGUAAACCAGUCCUUUACGGAGAGUUGUAUUUCUGCAAAAGGCUCUCCGCACAUAUCCUUCUGAUAGCUGUUACUAAUAGAUGUAGUGAAUCUUUAGCAUAUUUAAAAAUAGGCCUUUCUGCUGCUCUCAUCUCUAAUGAAAUUUGUAAAAUGGUUCCUCCCCCCUGCGAGUUGCCUUGUUAACUGCUCGGUUCCUCUGCAGUUCAGCACCCUUACAUUUCUGGCCAUGUUUCCUAUCUCCGUAUUAUUUUGUGACCAUCUAGUUAUUAUUCAUGAGGGUCGGACAUUUUUCUUUGAUGCC